AUGCAGAAUCUUCCCAACGAGCUCGUCACUCAUAUCCUCACCUUCAUCGACCCCGAAGCCGAUUUACAACAUCGCAUCUACCAAGACCCGGCAAAGCUCUCGAGACCUGUAUCAUCUGGGCCGAAUACAUCCUUGAAGAAUGCUUCGCUAGUCUGUCGUCUCUGGAGAAAUUCUUUGAUAAAACCUCUCUUUCGACAUGUCGUUUGGUCCUUUUGGCGCUUCAACAAGCCAGCUGCGCAAGACAUCGUAUCCGAAAUCGAGGUGUUGAGUUUCAUACGUCGCAACAACUUGGCAUCUACCGUCGAAAGCUUCACUAUUCUAGUUGACGCUCCCAGGAGAUCGGGCCAGGAUCGAUAUGCCGAUGGUCAGCUCUGGGGACUUUUGCCCCCUGCAGCGCAUCUGCCGGAGACGCCCUCCCUGAACCUGUCACGAUCUGUCUUGGACAAUGAGCGUGAAGGCGAAAAUGACCAAAGCAGAAACGGCGAACAGAGAGCCCAAGUUCUUUGGGACAACAACUGGCUUUGGCAUACCAUAUUCGACGUUAUAGAUCCUUUGCGCAUCACAGUAAUCAGCCCAAUAGACAUCCUCGCCUCCCUUCUAAGCCGAACCGUCGAUCUGUCGAGUAACUGGGCUUUCGACAGCACCUACUACGUUCUAUCGUUAUCACGGCCAUCCAGCAGUGCUGGGCAGAAGAAAGGAUCAGAUCUGCUGCCUUCGCAACUAUCUGGAUUGCGUGACCGCAUCCCUUGCGACUUGUUCCACAUCAGAGACUGGCCCUCACUUCUCAUCAACGAAGGUUCCUUCGCACCUGUCUACUCCACCUACGAAUUCUUUCACUACUCGGCAGCAACUCUCCUCCCUGCCAUCUUCGACGCUUCAGACCCUUCGUUCAGCGUCAUCUGCGAAAACCUCAAAUCGCUGUCCUACAUUGCCACGUUCCCCCUUUCGCACCACAUCUCGGACUUUCUCAUCCCGCACUGUCCACCCGUCGAGCAUCUCUUUGUUCAACUCAUGCCUAAGAACCGCGACUUUUGGGAAAGCAGUAGUCUUGCAAAGGUCAAUCUUUCGGACCUGUGGCUCGAGUGCGAUACAUCGUACGCCCUCCUCGUGCGCCAGAUGCUAGAGCCUAUCCCGCAGCAGGGCUGGCAAAGGUUGAAGGUAUUUGAGACGGGCGACAAGCCAGCAGAAGGUGUCUGGAGGAUGAACACAUAUGAUGCUCACAUCAAUGGCGUGAAUGGGUGGAGGGAAGAGAGCGAGGGUGUUUUCGUCAAGGAUGAUUCCCAAAGCGAGAGUCAAGAACAAGCCGAAGAAGAGGGGCCUUAG